AUGCCACCUCCAGGAGCACCUCGUCCUUACGAUCCUGAUCCAUUGACAAUGGGAAGGGACAAAGCAGCUGUCCUAGGUAGAAUAAGAUAUCAACGUGAAAUGGCAAGACUACAUCCUGAAUCUAACAUCAACUGGGAUGAUUUCAAAGAUUUCAUAAGAGGUUUAGGUGUCUUCUUGGCCGCACCAAUCAUAAUUCCAAUGAGACUAAUCCACCACGCUAUCACCUCGCCUUUAACGAUCUCACUAGUACUAAAGCUCAUGCUUCUGGGAUUCUUACUUCUCGCUUCUUCCAUAUUUUCAUUGUUGGCGGUUGGAGCUUUCUUCUGGUCGUGGAAGAUAGGUGGAGCCGUCGAAGUCGAAGGUUGGCUAUACUAUGGAUCUAAAAAUCAUCGACCUCCUCAUACCACCGUCUAUUUCCCAUUGGAGAAGAUUGAGCAAGAUUUGAAAUAUGAUGUACAAGUGGAACUGGAAUUGGUCAGACCGACUAAAGGGACGAUUGACGAGAUCGGCAACUUUAUGCUGUCUCUCGAAUUAAGAGCUCUAAGCAAUCCAGAGAGAGUUUUGAUAACCGCCGCUCAGCCUUCGCUUCCUCCUCCUUCGCUACCAUCCGCGUUCCUCUCCAUCCCCGCUCUUCCAACUUCAUACAUUCCCUGUAUCAUUCCUUACCCUUUCAGAUCGUUCUGUCCUUCUAGACUCUUGGGUUAUGCACAGCCUAACGCCAAGAUUCGAGAAAGAAGAGCCAAAGGUGGAUUUUCAAGCAGGGAGAGAGGAAAGGAAAUCGUUCCUCUGAAAAAAGACUUGAUGGAGGGUGUAGUGAUUAAACCGGCGAAAACCCCAGGUCUUACCAUCGGGUCCAGUUUUGUCAGUAUAGGCCGAGAAGACUUGUUUGAAGACAAAUCCGCAGGAGGCGAGCAAUGCAAGUCUCCUUCUAGGGAAGUGAAGACCACUGGUUGGGUGUUGAUACGGCUCAUCCCUCGACCAACAGGGAUCAGAUGGAUUUUAUCGUCACAUCCAUUGCCUCCUCUUUUGCUUCUUCCACCCCUUUCACUAUCUCUGACUUUCUCAUCGUCUCUCUUCGCUUUUGCGAUCAUCACCUUCCUUCGUCGAGGCAAGUCUCCUCAGGAGGAGAAGGAGCUUUCCCAGGUUAAAUCAAUAGGAGAGUUUGAGGCAAGCGAUAAGAAGGAGCUGGAAGAGCGGGAAAGAAGACAGAACGAGUGGGAGGAAAUGCAAUCUUCUACAGGAAGUGGGAUGUUGAGGAAACCCAGUUUGAAGAAUCGCUCGGGUGUGCCUUCGACCGUAGGCGGGUCCGAAACCACACUUCAGUCUUCAGCACGUUCAUUCGGUCCAACAAUGAUGUCGCGUACUUCCUCAGCUACAUCAUCUUCUGCAUCACCUUCAACCAGUGAUUCAGCGGAGACAGUGACGCCUAUAAGAAUCAGAGAUCGAGGUACAAGCACAAUCAGUGGAGGAAGUAGUGAAAGCAGCGAGAGCGGGUCAGGUGGUGAUGGCGAUGGCAAUGAAGGCCGAAGCGAGACAGAAAGAAGGGGAAGUAGAAGGACUUCAGCCACUGGGAGUGGAUCGGGUCUGAGAAGGCGCUCAUCAGAACGUGUAAAUGCAGAAGGCUCUGAUACUGAAAGAGAUGAUAAAGGGAAUAAGACUGAUACCCACGCAGAUGAUUGGAGAGAAUUUGGUAAAGAAUUUGGAUUAAACACGUAG